AGUACUUUUCAGUGUGACAUUUAAUUAACUUUUUCUUCGUAGACAAUCCACUUGUUUCUCUCAAUUUUCGGUGAUAGAGAAUUUCUGGUGUUUAAAAUGGCUUCUCUUUUGGCUCGUACGGGUAUAUUAACCGAAAUUGUGAAUCCAAGGGUUGGACAAAAGAUUCUUGCGCUUGCAACCGGUGGAAAUCUACAGAAGAGGAACCUUAACGUUCAGGAGCACGUCUCUUAUACUCUACUUAAUGAAGCUGGAAUUCCAACGCCAAAAUUCGGCGUCGCAAAGUCCGGUCAAGAAGCGAAGGCGAUUGCUGAGAAACUCGAAACCAAUAACCUUGUAUUAAAAGCGCAAGUUUUGGCUGGUGGUCGUGGUAAAGGUCAUUUUAAGAAUGGUUUGAAGGGUGGUGUACGUGUAGUAAAUACACCCAGCGAAGCCCAAGAGAUUGCCACCAAAAUGGUAAAUCAACUUUUGGUUACCAAACAAACUGGUGCAGCUGGUCGUAUUUGCAAUUCUGUAAUGGUAGCAGAGCGUAAAUUUCCUCGCCGAGAAUUCUACUUUGCCGUUAUGAUGGAGCGUGCUUUUAAUGGACCAGUUAUAAUUGCUUCGUCGCAAGGAGGUGUGAACAUUGAGGAGGUUGCUGCCGAGAAUCCUGAUGCCAUUACUUACGAACCUAUUGAUAUUAAGGUUGGCUUGACGCCUGAACAAGCUCGUAAAGUAGUCGAAAAAGUUGGUUUGGGCGAGUUUCAAGAGGAUACUGUAAAGAUGUUGAUGAAUAUGUAUCAGCUGUUCGUAAAGAAGGAUGCUUUGCUCAUCGAAAUCAAUCCUUAUGCCGAGGAUGCCCUUGAAGGAUUUUUCGCAUUGGAUGCCAAAUUCCGUUUUGAUGACAAUGCUGAAUUCCGUCAGAAGGAAUUGUUUGCUUUGCGUGAUUGGACACAAGAAGAUCCCAAAGAAGUAGAGGCGGCCAAAUAUGAUUUGAAUUACAUUGCUUUGGACGGUACCAUUGGUUGCAUGGUGAACGGUGCUGGUUUGGCCAUGGCCACAAUGGAUAUUAUUAAGCUGUAUGGCGGUGACCCAGCCAAUUUCCUUGAUGUUGGUGGCGGUGCCACUGCGCAGGCUGUGAAGGAAGCCUUCAAAAUUAUUACUGCCGAUCCAAAAGUGCACUGCAUUUUAGUGAAUAUUUUCGGUGGUAUUAUGCGUUGUGAUGUUAUUGCCGAGGGUAUUAUUGCUGCUGCCAAAGAUUUGAACAUGAAAAUGCCGAUUGUAGUCAGAUUGCAGGGUACAAAUGUGAAUGAAGCACGAGAAUUGAUUCGUCAAUCUGGUCUGAGGAUAAUACCGCGCCACGAUUUGGACGAGGCAGCAAAUUUGUCGGUGCACUUGGCCCAAAUUGUGCAUUUGGCACGUGAAAUGAACAUGGACGUCAGCUUUGAAAUUCCUGACAGUGUGAACAAAGGCACGGAUCAGAAAUGCGGUAGCAAUAAACCCAGUGGCAGUGAUAAACCCAGUGGCGGUGAUAAACCCAGCACUUGUAAACCUAAGAAAAAAAACGUCUGCGACAAAAAGAAAAAAUGAGCAAAAUUGUUUGUCUGUUCUCCAAAUCUUCAGUUAACUAUUAUUUCUUUACUUGUGUCCACAGAAAAUUAUAAC